AUGCUGUCCUCCAUUGGGCGCGCUGCAACCAAACAGCUGCGCUCGGCCGCCGUGGUUACGUCGCCCAGCUCCAUUGUGGUCACCCGAGGAGCCGGCAGCUCGAGCUUCAGCUACAUCGUCAUCUCUCGAAGCUAUGCUACUGCAGGCCGUCCCAAAGGAUCCACCAAGUCCACCAAAUCUACCACUGUCGAAAAGACAAAGAAGGCGACCGAGAAGGCACCCGAGACCAAGAAGCAACAACGUGCGCGAGAGAACAGAGAGGCGAGAGAGGCCGCGACAAAAGAGAAAGAAGAACGAAGGCAAUUCUUAGCUGAGAAAAAGAAGGUUGUCACGGAACGUAGGGAGCUCAGGGAAACCGCCUUGUAUGACACCGAACCGAAAUCUCUACCGGCGGACAAAUGGCCCAUCUACUUGGCGCAAACCUCGGAAGGACAACCCAGAGGCUCUGGGCCUCUUGGUAGCAGAAUGGCGGCGAUUGCCGAGGAAUACAAAAAAAUAUCGCCCCCGGAGAGGCAGCGCCUCGAGGUCCUUGCCCACGAUAACAAGCUCCUCAACGCUGCAGCUUACAAGGCAUGGGUGGAGAGCCAUACUCCCCAGCAGAUUGUCGCCGCCAACAAGGCUCGCAAGUUGCUGAAGACGAAGUACAACAUCCCAAAGGCCAAGCUGAACGCGAGGACCAUCAAAGACGAGCGUCAACCCAAGCGACCAUCAACCCCGUUUAGUCUGUUCACGAAGGCCAGAUGGGCUACUGGCGACUACGCAAACCACAGCAUAGUCGAGGCCACCAUCAAUAUCAGCAAGGAGUGGCGAGCCCUCCAGGACUCAGAGCGUCAGCCGUACCUGGAUAUUGCCAAGGCAGAGGUUGACAGAUACCAUAAGGACCAUGACGCUGUUCUGGGUCGCGAAGUGUCUCCCGUUCACUAA